AUGGUACGUUUUUUUAAUCUUUGAAAUAAAACUUUAAAAUAUUGCCAUAAAAAAAAUGGUAGAAAUAUUUUAAAGCUUAAUUUCAAAAAAAGUGUUUAUAUAUAUUCAUGUUUUCAGGGUGAACAACAACUAGACUGCGCUCUCGACUUGAUGCGCCGUCUCCCUCCUCAACACUGUGGGAAAAAUUUCACUGAUCUUGUAGAUCUUUGCCCUCAUCUUCUUGACGAUUUGCUAGGUCUGCAGUUUUAUGAGUGCAAUUUUCAUUUCGUUACUUCUAACAGGAACUGUUGAUCAGCCUCUGAAGGUCGCUGCUGAUCGCGAAACAAAGAAGCAAUAUCUAGUUUGUGAUUACAAUCGUGAUGGAGACAGCUACAGGUUUGAGAUUAAAUAAGAGAAAAUAUGCUUCUUGUGAAAGAAUGUCAAGUUAGAACCAUUCCCUAAGAAUAAGAUAUUUAUAAACUCAUCCGAAGUCGGCGUAUUUUUGUUAGGCUCUCAAAAGUACUGAGAAGGAGUGCAGGGAGAAAUUUGAAUUUUCCUUUCAACACCUAAAAUAAUUUAUAACUAACUAUAUUUAUAUGAAUCCUCUUAAUGUUUUAUAAAAAAAUGAAUUUUUGAAGAUCUCCAUGGAGCAAUACCUACGAUCCGCCGCUUGAAGACGCUCAAUAUCCAUCAGAACGGAUGCGCAAGCUGGAAAUCGAAGUCAAUGCCGCUUUCGAAAGCUAUCGUGACAUGUUUAGAAUUUUUGCUGGGGAUCAAAAAUUUCUUCGUUUCCAGGUAUUUUGAGGGCGGUGUUUCCUCCGUUUAUUUCUGGGAUCUCGAGCAUGGAAACGGUUUUGCUGGUGUUGUUCUCAUCAAAAAGGUGAGGUUUUUUUCGACCUUCACACACUUUGGAGAUUUUUCUACUUUCACUUGAUAGUUUCAAAUAAGGCAUUCAAGUUCAAAGAUCAGUCAACCUCAAUUAAAUUGUUUACAAAGUUUUUCACGAUGAGUUUUUGCUUCUCAGAGCUACAUUUUGAUCCAACAAAGGGAUGAUAAAGUGGUAUCAAAAUAUUAUUUUGAUACCAUUUUUCGUUUAUGGCGUAGAAACUGGGAAUCUCGAUCGAGAGAUUUCAAAUUAAAAAAGAAAACCUGAAAACAGACACUCGACUCUUCUCUAGAUAUACUCUUUUCGUUACCUUCGUUCUUAAUUUUUCUUUUUUAGGAAGGAGAUGGAGCAAAGAACAUUCAAGGUUGCUGGGACUCUAUUCAUGUUAUCGAAAUCAACGAAAGGGUGAGCUUUUUUCGAUCAAUUUUCAUCGAAUCGAUCUCCUCCUUUUGGUUUUGAUAAAACCGCAUUCCAAAUUUUUUAGUCUUCCCGCCAAGCUCAUUACAAGUUGACGAGCACGAUAAUGUUGUGGCUUCAAACAAACAAAUCAUCGAGCGGAAUCAUGAAUCUUGGUGGAUCGCUGACGCGCCAGGUCCUUUUUUUUAGUAGAAUCUCUUCGUUUUUUUUGUCCUGGAAACAAAUACAUCCAUAAAUCUGUUUCAGAACGAGAUGGACGCCCCUAUCAAUGAUCAGAAUCCUCAUCUUGUGAACAUUGGAAAAAUGAUUGAGGUACGUUGAUUCCUUUUCGUUUUCAAUGUUUUCGUAAAGUUUUUUUAAUUAGUUUUUAUUUUUGCUAUUUCUUCAGGACCAAGAAUCAAAGAUGCGUUCAACGAUCAACGAAAUUUACUUCGGAAAAAAACUAAAAAGGUUAUUAUUCUUGCUUCUUCAAGUAAUUUUUUUGCUCCGAACUGCUUUUUAAAUUAUGUUAAAAACUGAGUUUGUGUUUGUUUUUUUUUUAGACUUCAGAUGUUCCUUUCAAAAAGUAUACAGCGCUCCAUUAAUCUCAAUGAAAAUACUUUUAUUUGAUCUCUGAAAGAAGUUUCACUCCCUGAAAGCAUUGAAAUAAUAAGUAAAAAUCAAGAAGUAUUAAGUUUAGUUGAAAAGACUCAUGGGUAUGAAAGAAAAUUUAUUUGCGAGAAUAAAAAAAUAAUUUGAUUUAAAAAUUUGAAUCCUAUUUCCAACCAGUUUUUUUGUGCAGGUGA